AUGCCUCCAUCACGCACUUCAACCUCUGAGACCACAAAAUUGGCUACGUUAGACGCUGCCCAGUUGAUAAAACAACAUAGGGAGACGGCUGCCGAUGCAUCUGUCAAAGAUGAAGGACCAGUGAAAACUAGAUCCCCUCGAGGUCCUCCGGGUGCGCCCGAGAAUCAGUCAACCCUUAAGGCUAUCUGUCUGAUUGUAUCGGCCUUUGUCGCCAUGUUCUUGGUCGCGCUAGACAGAACAAUUAUCUCGACGGCCAUACCCAAUAUCACCGAUGAAUUCAACUCCUUCGAGGACGUUGGCUGGUACGGAAGUGCCUACUUGUUGACAUGCUGUGCAUUCCAACUUUUAUUCGGCAAGCUCUACAAGCUCUUUCCGGUCAGAAUCGUCUUCCUUGCUAGUAUUCUAGUGUUUGAGGUUGCCUCUGCUAUCUGUGGAGCGGCUCCGAAUUCAGUGGCCUUUAUAAUCGGAAGAGCGAUCUGUGGAGUUGGCGCUGCUGGUAUCCUCACUGGCACUAUAAUGUGCAUCAUUCAUUCCGUGCCUCUCCAGAAACGUCCACAAAUACAGGGCCUUUUCGGCGCCCUUUUCGGCAUUGCCUCUGUAGUUGGACCCUUGAUUGGCGGCGCCUUUGCAUCUAACGUCACGUGGAGAUGGUGCUUCUAUAUAAACCUGCCAAUUGGCGGCGCUGCCAUUGUUUUCAUUACUUUCUGCCUCAAGAUCCCCAAGCAAGAUACAGCAAAAGUCUCCUGGAGGGAUAAGCUGCUACAACUGGACUUCUUUGGUACUACACUUCUGGUGGCUGGAGUUUGGAGCAGCGGUCAUGUUGUGGCUUGCAUGGUUCUCAUGGCCGUCAUGCUUCUAUCUUUUGUUGCUGUCCAGGUCUUCCUCCCAAAGACAGCAACACUCCCGCUGCGCAUCUUUUCACAGCGAAGCAUCAUUUCAGGCUUUUGGCAGACACUCUGCGUCGGCUCUGGAAACUAUAUCUUUGUGUACUUCCUCCCAAUCUGGUUCCAAUCCAUCAAGGGCAGUUCCGCCGUGGAAUCCGGUAUCCGCCUGCUACCGAUGAUGAUAUCGAUGGUCGUCGGUUCAAUCGGUGGUGGAAUUACAAACUCCAAGAUUGGAUACUAUACCCCACUAGCGAUCACCGGAUCCUGCAUAAUGUCCGUCGGAGCUGGUCUCCUUUCUACGUUCCAGGUAGACACAAGCGAGGGAAAGUGGAUCGGCUAUCAGAUCGUCUACGGGAUGGGCCUGGGAUUGUGUUUCCAAGUCCCCAACCUUGCUGCUCAGACCGUUCUUCCGAAGCCCGAUGUACCAUCCGGGCUAGCACUGAUGAUUUUCGGUCAGAUGAUUGGAGCAGCCGUGUUUGUGUCAGUUGGGGAGAAUAUCCUGGCUAGUCAGCUCGUGAAGAGACUUUCCGGGUUGCCGGGGUUCAACCGCCAUCUUGUCACCUCCGGGGGUGUCACGGAACUGCUGGAUAUUAUGCCGACGGAUCUGCACGACAUGGUCCUUCAAUCUUACAAUGAAGCCCUGCGGAAGGUGUUUCAGGUCGGCAUGAUCAUUUCAUGUUUGACAGUACUGGGUACGGCUACUCUGGAGUGGAAGAGUGUCAAGAAGGGACAGCCAAAGCCCGAUGCCGAGAAUAAGGGAUAG